AUGACUGCGAGAUUACAUCCAUCAACAGUGCUUCUAGCUUUUACCGCUGGACACUUCGCAACAGCAGUCAUCAACACAACUCUGGAGAUCCGGGAACAUUCGCGCGUGGAAUUGUCAUGUGACCCUGACGUCAGUGGGGAAGUGUCAAGGGUAACGUGGUACUUGGUCAAAACCCCAUACAUUCCAGCAACCUUACCUCCCGCCGAUGAUUACGUCAGGAUUUCGGAAUGGCAAAAUUAUAAAAUUUAUCAUAGUUUAAAUAAGUAUGACUACUUUGAUUACCGAGACGGCGGAAAGUUCACCCUGGUUGUCAAGAACGUCACGUCCACCACAAAUAUAGACAUCUAUUGCUGUUUUGUUAAUGAGAAUACAAAUGGACAGUGUUUUCAAAUUGAUAUCAUUGUUCCUGUUAAGAAAGUGGUACUUGUGGACGCUCGACCAAAUGCAAAGGGAGCUGGUAGCGUACUGGAUGUUACGGCAGGGAAUGACACGCUGGUCACCUGCCUGGCUCCACGGGCUAAUCCUGCUCCGGAUUUUUCCUGGUCUGUAUCUGGAAGACCAUUGUCUCCAGGAACCAUAGUUCAAAAUUGUACGAAUUCUGUCACAAUCAGACUAGAGGCAGACAGAGCGAUGACAGGUAAAAACAUCACCUGUACUGCCAUGACCACAGAUGGAAUCAUCGAAGGACAUCAUUCUAGUGCCACAGCCUCUCUGAACGUGUUGUUCCCACCCACCAGGCCUGCAUUGACAACAGUGCCACCACUUCCCGUGGAAGGAUCCAAAAUAGUACUGAGUUGUCGGGCAGAGGGAAAUCCCACCCCGUCUCUGUCCUUGUUGACCCCUGAUGGACUGACCCUGAACCAAACGAUUGAUGACGAAACUUACGGAGACUACCGAUUUAGCCAGAUCAGCCGUCGUGACAGAGGGAUGUAUCAAUGCACGGCAAGCAACACACACGGCCAUAGCAUCGACAUCAUCAAACUGGACGUACUAUAUGCCCCAGACGUAAAUCUUACCUUUGACAAUACAACAGAGAGACUGGAGUGCUCAGCAGAUGGUAAUCCCACCGACUACAUAUUUGAGAUCACACAGUCCCUCGGCGGCAAGAUUAUUAAACGGUGGAGAAAUCACACUGUCGGAAAGGAGAUGACUGUGGAUUUGUCGCCCUUUGGAAUGGACAGAACAGGGCUGUAUGUCUGUAACGUUGAUAACGGGGUCGGGGCAGCUAAAAAAUCGGAUAUCUACGUCCACGCGAACACCAAGCCACGUCUCGACUACAUAUACAGUUUGAUGUCCUCACAUGCUACCCUUCAAGGCAAGGGUAUUCUCCGCGUGCUUUUUUACGCCUAUCCUCCCUAUACAUCGUUAUCAUGGUCCAGAAUGGAGGCGAACACCUCUGUGGGGAAGGAGCUGUAUCACUAUGAAGACUCUACUGAGGUUCUUCUGUACGUAGACGGGGUGUUGACCCGAGUCCCAGGCACCAGCAGCACACUGUUCCUCAGUCAUGUCACCCCAGAGGACCUAGGGCUGUACAACUUCCGUGUGGAGAACAGCGAAGGUGAAGUGUCCCUUCAGUUGACCCUAUCCCUCGGGAAUAAUCGUCUUGAUCUGCUCCCUCCAUUCGUGGCCUUAAAACACUUCUUGGUAAUCAACAUUGCCCUGUUCGGGACGAUCUUGGGUACGGCUGCAAUUGUAUUUGGCUGUACUGGACUACUUAAGAUCUCCGGCCUCUCAGUUAAAGUGCUUAAACGCAGAAAAGAUCGACUUUGGUGGCCAAUGAAGCGAUUGUCCUCCAUUUACUAUACUUGGUCUGGAAAUCCACCGAGUGCCAAAGAACUCCAAGACAUGGAUAACAGGGACCCUGUGUAUUACCAAGGACCGCUGAACUCCAGGUUCAGGCUUAGCACCAGGCGACAGCCGAUAAAUAGUGUCCUGAGUGCAGAAGAGCUGAAGGUUGCUACACUGCCACCCGCAUGUGGGCUUGAGAUGUCCUACCAACGUUCAGCCCAGGCAGAAGAGGAUAACAAUCGACGAGAUGGGCAACGAGGAAGAGAGGAGAGGGGAAGAGAGGACAGCAGAAAAAUGAGGGGAAACGAGGUCAGGAGAGUGGAGGAAACAGAAGAGAGGGAAACAGAGGAAAGGGGGAGGGGGGCAGAGGAAAGACGAAGGGACGAACCAGACUUCUUUCCUGGACCUUGUGUUGGUGGGUAUUACGCCCCAGAUUCACCUUUUAUCUAAGGAAAACGUUGGCAGUGUACCGGACACCGGCAUAUACUGCUGAUGACCAAAAGGCACGGACCAAAAGUAGAGGCGGGGGCCCGAUAUCGUGGCAUGGACCGGAAGUAGGGGCCUGGGCUUCGUUGUUGGUUCGCAGCACUCUUGUCAUUUAAACAGUUCAUUGAUUACAAGGCGACAGUUUCGUCAAAUCACAAAUGAGACCCUUGGAAAUGUUGCAUGCCAUGUAGAAAAUUGUGGAGUUUCCACGGCUUUCAUAAUAAUGUACGUAUUUGUACUUGCUGGAUUCUUAUAUAUGGCGCUCAGUUUGUUUGAAUCGCUUUUCUAGCUACAGUUACUGGUUUUGUGGAUGUAUAUUUUUUUCCGCUUGAUUCUUAAAUAUAGUUCAUGUGCAAACUAACUUUUCUUUUCUUGGGAAUUCAGCCGUAAUUAUUAUAAUUAUUACAGCAGGAGCUGGAUAAAACAUAGGUUGGGGGUAAUGUACAUAUUAAAAUAAAAACCGUGAUUAAUACGAUGUCUUACUAAUUUCACUAUAUUUUAGCAGCCAACCUACUUUAGGAUCAUGGGUUUUCCUCCCACCAUAAUGCUGGCCGCCGUCGUAUAUGUGAAAUAAGCUUGUGUUCGGCAUAAAACACCAAUCAAAUAAACACAUAAAUACUUCAGUAUCACGUGAAUAUCUGACACGGUUCUAAGUGCUCUUAAUAUGUUCGUGUAUGUAAUCUACAGAUUAACAUUUUUUAAACCCAAAAUUCCUCGUACUUUAAUAUCGCUGAAUUGUUGGUGAUUUCAUGAACGCCAAUGUACAGUAGCAAAUUGCUCCGUUUAUAUGUGUUUCACUACAGGCGUUUAAUGUGGUACUCAAGAAUUGUUCAG